CGUAAACACGUGUGGAACUUUAUAAAAAAUUCCGGGAAAAUAAACAAAAUCAUGAAUAACAAUCUUUUCGAGGGCUCCGAUGAUGACGGAGAGGACCUGCAGUUGUCCACCAACAAGGACUAUGCCAAGACCUACAACAUCCUGCGCAAAAAAGAGCUGCUACAGAAAUAUAAAGAUCGCGGCUUGGAUGUAUCCGAAUCGGAGUUCGAUAGCGACAGCGAGUCCUCCGAGGAGGACGAGGUGGACCCCAAGUUCGACCAGGACUUCUUCAAGACGCUGUCCUCGCUGAAAAGCAAAGAUCCGCGGAUUUACGACAAGGGCACGAGAUUCUUUAAUGAAUCCUCCAGCGACGAGGAACAUAAGGAUGAGGAGCAGCCAAAGAAGCAGAAGAAAGCGAAGCCCGUCACCUUGAAGGACUACGAACGAAAGGUGAUCCUGGAGCACAAUGGCAAGUUCGAGAGUUCGGAUGAGGAUCAGCAGGAGAAGGAGCAGGAGGAACUGCAGAGGGCACAGUCACCCUCCGCCGUGGAGGCGGAGCGGCGACUCAAGGACGAGUUCAGGAGUGUGAUGAACCAGGAGGACGAUGGCGAGGACGAGGAAUUCGGCGGCAUAUUCAAGAAACGCACCAAGACCAAGGAGCAAACGGCGGCCGAGGAGGCGGACUUCGCCAAGUGGCUGGCGGGGAAGCAGGAGGAGAUCAAGCAGACCGACAAGGAGCAGCUGGAGCCACUGAAGCAGUACUGGAACAGCAGCAAGCUUACGCAGGGCGAGAGCUUCCUCAGGGACUACAUUCUCAACAAGGGCUAUGCCAACACCGAUGAGUCCGCCAUUCCCACCUACGACGAGAUAGUGGGAGAAGCUGCUCCGCUUUCCGAAGAUGAACAGGAGCUGGAGAAGCAGGCGGAAUUCGAGCAGAAAUACAACUUCCGCUUUGAAGAGCCUGAUGCGGAGUUCAUCAAGCGCUAUCCCCGCACCAUCGAACAGUCCAUCCGGCGCACAGACGACAAGCGGAGGGAAAAGCGAAAGGAGGUCAAGGAGCGAAAGGAUCAGGAGAAGCAGCAAAAGAUGAAGGAACUGGACUUGAUCAAGGACAUCAAGCGCAAGGAGAUCGAGGAAAAGAUACGCAAAUUGAAAGCCGUCACUGGCAAUGAUGAGCUCGGCUUCCGGGACGAGGAGCUUGAGGAGGACUUUGAUCCGGCGGCCCACGAUCGUCGCAUGCAGGAGCUCUUCGACGAUGAGUACUACAAUGUGGACGAGGGCGAGGAGAAGCCAGAAUGCCCCUCGGACAUCGAUGAACUCGAGCUGGAAGACUGGGACAACUACGAUCCCACGAAGCACAGUAAUGCGGGCGAUCAGAACUACGAUGGACACUGCGAGGACGACGACUUUAACAUGGAUUGCGACUACGAUCCGUCCACGUCCAAGCAGCAACUGCAGCAGGAGCUCAUCGAAAGUACGCGCGGUCGUAAAGGUCGCAAGGGUAGGCGGAAUCGCUUCAUGGAAAUGAUCCAGGCGGAGAAGCCGGCAUUCAAUCCGGAGGACGAAAAGACCUACAGUGAGUACAUCGAUGAGUACUACCAAAUGGACUGCGAGGAUAUAGUGGGAGAUCAGCCGUGUAGGUUUAAAUAUGUGGAAACCACACCCAAUGAUUUUGGUUUAACGAUAGAAGAGAUCUUGCUGGCCAAGAACAAGGAGCUCAACCAGUGGGCCAGCCUUAAGAAAGCUGUUCAAAACAGACCCGAACAUGUCGAGAAAAAGGAGCAACGUCUGUACAAGAUGAAGGCCAAGAACGAAGAUCUUAAGCGAAAGAUAUUUAAAAGUCUGUAUGGCGAAGGAUCUGAGGACGAGGAGCAGCCAGCAGAUGAGACUCCGGAGACGAAACCAGCUGCUGAAACGACUGCUGCCACUGAUAAUGCUCAAGUCCCAACAGAAGUCUUCUCGAAAUCGAAGAGGAAACGCCUAAAACGGAAAGCUGCCGCAGCUGCUGCAGCCAGUUCCCCACAGAUAUCCAUUCAGGAACCCAAGGAAUCAACAGAGCAAGGACAGGCAGAUGAAAGUAAAACGAAGGCUGAUCCUCCUGCUCCAAAGAAAAGCAAAAAUAGUGAAAACCAGCAAACAAAAGCCUCCGCACAGCAAAGCCCAAGUAAACCAGAAAUCAAAAGUGGCAAAAACACAAUAGAGUCCAAAAAUGGGGAAAACGGAAUGAAGAAAUCGCAAAGCCAAACUCAAAAGAACAAUGCUUCUAAAAAUUCGGAAAAGUCAAAUGGAAAUAAUCCUUUUAACAAGCAGCAGAAGAAACCCAACCAGAGACAAGGACAACAACAAGUGAAUAACAACCAAGGCGACAACAAACAAGCUCCUACUGGUGUCAAUCCCUUUAAGAAAGCAAACGAAAAGGCGAGCGCCCCCUUCCCAGCAAAGAAAACGAAUAACUUCAAAUCUAAAAAUAAAAUAAACAACACAACCAGUGGAAUAACCGACGAUCGAUUGAAAGCCUACGGCAUAAAUCCCCGAAAGUUCCACAAGCGGGAAAAGUACGGAAAGAAGGAUAAGUAAAAUGCCAGGAUUAAUAUAAUAGCAAUAGUAAGAUACAUUUUGUAGUUAAAUCUUAUGUACAUAUGAUAACAUUAAAAUCCAGCACAGAUA